AUGGGCAAUACACCAGGACCGAAGAAUAAAGGCAAAAAUAUUGUAAAAUGUCUGGAUGUUUUCGACGUAAAAUGGAUUGAAACAUUUGAAAAGUCAUUCGUAUUUGUUUGGUGCGACGCAGCGAUUGGUACCGACAGUAAUAUCGACGAUUAUUUAAAUACUAUAAAACAAUUAGCAUGUGUUCUAAAUCCAAAUCGACAACUUGUACAUACAUUCAAUGAAUCCAAUGCCUGUCUAGACUUUAUCAAAGAUGCCAAUAAUGUAUGUUUACUUGCAUCAGGCGGCAUGGGCCAAGAACUUGUACCAAAAAUUCACAAUUAUGAACAAAUGCAUUCAAUUUACAUAUUUUGUAUUCAAAAAGAAAAGCAUCUUGCAUGGUCAAGACAUUAUCCAAAAGUUCGCGGUGUAUGUACGGAAAUCAAUGAAAUAUGCGAAUCAUUAAAACAGCAUGUAAUGGCACGAUCAUCAGCUGAGUACGAUCGAAUUGAAUUUGAUCUUAUCACUAUGGAAACGGAUCCAGUAAAAAUAGAAAAAAAAAAUAUUUUUUUAUUUUAUUCAAAGAUCAAUAGAGCAAUUGUAUUGAAUAUGAAUUCAUCUGAUCAUGGAAAACAAGAUAUGAUUAAUUAUUGUCGAAAUGAAUAUAGAACCGAUCAUCAAUUGGAAUUAAUCAAUAAUUUCGACUUAAAUUAUGCAAAAUAUAAUCCUAUAUAUUGGUAUACGAAAAAUUAUUUUUUGCAAGGUAUUAUUAUUAGAGCAUUACGAACAAAUGAUCUUUAUGCUUUAUAUUCCAUGCAUCGAUUCAUAAAAGAUUUAGAUUCAAAACUAUUAGAAACAAGUGAUGUUCAAAGAAUAGGAAAUGAACCACUUAAUCUUUUCUUUGGCCAAUUCUUAUCUGAGUAUGACUUUGAUAAAAUCAAACAAAAUAUUGGUGGAUUAGUGUCAAUCAAUCAAUUUGUAUCUGCAAAUCCUGAACUAAGUAUUGCAGUCAUGUAUAUUGACCAACAAAAAGUAGUCGUAUCAAAUGGUAAUACAGUUCGCGUAGUUUUUCAAAUUCAUAUUGAUGAAACAAAGAAAUCAAUUGUUCCAUACGCUAAUAUUGGUGCUAAAAGUCAGUUUGUUCAUGAAAGAGAAUAUCUCAUAUCAAUUUUUAGUGUAUACCGUAUUAAUAAAAUUGAAAAACUUAUUAAUGUAUCGUCAGCAUGGAUCAUACACAUGACAUUACUUAAUAAAAAUGAUCAAAAAUACAGUAAACUAACACAAAAUAUAAACACAAACAAUAUCGACGAUGUCAAUUUAACCGAUGUUGGUUAUACAAUUAUGAGUCGAUUACAUCUAUUUAAAUCAACUACUAAAUUAUUUAAACAAGCCCUAUCUGAUAAUCCUCAAGCACUUCGAGCAAUUAUUUUACAUUAUAAUAUGGGUAUUAUUUAUGAUGGUAUAGGUGAAUAUGAAAAGGCAUUGGAAGAAUAUACAAAUGUGCGAAAGAUUGGACGCCUUCAUAUACCCAAUUGUGAUCUACAAGAUCAUAUUUGUCUAGUACCAUUAUAUUCAAAUAAAGCAUUAGUUUAUGAAGAACAAAGUCAAUUUGAUCAUGCACUAACACACGGAUUUCGUGCUUUAGAAAUCGUUGAAAAUUAUCCAGAAAGUAGCAUAUUAAAAGAAGAACUUAAAAGUUCAUGCUAUUAUAAUCUAGGUUCAAUACACAAUCAAGAAGGAAAACCAAUUGAAGCACGGAAAUUUUAUCAAAAAGCAUUAGACAUUCGACAAGCAUAUUUACCGCUGGGCCAUCCAGAUGUAACUAUUUUACAGAGACUUAUUGCAUUACUUCCCGAAACUCAAGUCGAAGCAUUCUAA